UCUUCUGUGCACCAUGGUUACAUUUAUUACUUAACAUAUUAGAAUGAUUUCUGAAGGUUUGGAUAAGCUAAAAAAAAAAAAAAAAAAAAAUUAUAAUUCAUCAAUUAUAAUGUUAUACACACUUGUAGUGUUUUUACUGAAAUUUAAUGCAGCUUAACAGUUUAAGUUAAUGAUAAUAAGCAUGAAAAGCACCGAGACCGAGGCACAUAAACAGGUCAUAUUUUGCUCCAAAAUCAAAAUAAAUAAAUGAUACGUUUGCAUAGACAAUGAAAUCAUUCUUCCCGGUUCUUAAAAUCAAAGAACGUAUUUAUUAAGCGACAAAAAUAAUGUAUUUGUAUUUCUGAUUACGUUAUAAUAAUAAUAAUAAUUAAUGAUAAUAAGCAUGAAAAGCACCAGGUUUGUACUUUUUAUUAAAUGUUUUUUUUUUUUUUUUAGCUAUUUCACAAGUCAGAAGCUGUGAAAGAAAACUUAACACCAUUUUAUUUAGUAUAGCUUCCAGCGAAACGACUGUAUGAAAAAAAGUGAGACUCGAGUCGAGACUGCGGCUGUGAAUGCUGCGAAACCGUUUGUGUUUCAGGUCAGAGGUAUUCAAGUCCAAGCAGAGACGCACACCGCAUUCUCGUCUGAGGGGAAGAUGGCCCGCUUUAUCUCCAGCGUCUCUGUGCUUCUGCUGGUUUGGGGUUUUUCGUGAGUCACGUCUAAACUUGUGGACAAAUUCAGCAAAUGCAAAGACUUUUUCUUCCGUGAAACCCCUCCGGUUAUCCCCGGCAUCCUAAAGGAUUCAGAGGCACAGCACAGCAAUUAUACGCUAAUCUGUCAACAGUAUGAGAAAGAAACUAAAUAUGCAACUCUCUACGACACGUCACUGAGGAUCCCUCUUUUCUCCGCUUACAAAUACACCGGAGUACAAAGCAACAAGAAAGUAACCAAGAUUCCCUGGAUGAUCGAGUCGCAGCUUGAACCUGCAGGUUCUGGGAUGCAUGAGCCAUUCAUCCGUCAGGCGAUCACCGGAGACUACUAUAAAAACGAUGCUCUUAGUCCCGGGCACUUAUUUCCGGUCCGUUUUGCAGCUGACAGACAAACAGCCAAGUCUGCAUUCACUCUCACCAACAGCAUUCCUCAGAAGAACAGCUUAAGCACAGGAACUUGGAUUAAAAAAGAAGGAGACAUGAAAGAUAUGAUGGAUAACCACUGUCGUUACCAGAAGAACAAAGCAACCUACGUGUUGACUGGAGCCGUGCCCGGCCCUGAUAAACUCAAUAAAAGAGUCAACAUUCCCUCUUACAAGUGGAUGGCUUUUUGCUGCCUCGGCCGUUUGGGAAAGUCAUCGUUCUCCGGAGCCGACUGGGCCAAGAACAAUCGGGAUAACAAUUUAGACACUCGUCCUAAGAGCCUGCAGGAGUUAGAAACACUCUUAAGUAACGAAUGGGGCAAACAAGUAAACCUUUUUUACAAUAACUGCGUCUAAUUUUAAUACACGACCUUCUUCGGUUAGAGCUUAGUGAGAAGGUACUCUUCUGUCUUCAUAUCCUGGGGAAGAAAAUCUAGCAAACGCUUCUUUCAGUAGUGUGUAGAUGCUUUUUUCUUCAAUAAAGCUUGCAAUUGCAAAUAGUGGCACGUGGGACUUUUUGCAUGUGUGUGUGUGUGUGUGUGUGUGUGUGCGUGUGUGUGCGUGUGCGUGCAAUUACACACAGGCUUAAGUGAGAAAAAGGGAUUUCUAUAAAGCAUGGGAUGAAUAAACAAUCAGCCAAUGUGGUUUUGACCUCAGAUUAAUCACUAAACAACAACUGAAUAUUUCUAUGUUUUUUGGUUAUUUGAGGAUCAUUUAAAACCAACGGACCAAUAGAAAAACUACUAAAUACACAUUUAAAUGCAUUUAAAAUUAAACAAUCUCAUUAUUGAAUUGUAAUAGUUAAACAGCCCAGUCUAAUGAUGUGCAUAAAAAGUAAAAAAAAAAGUGCAUAUAAU